CCCAUUGUUUUGUCCUGAGAGUCUGGUAACAAGAGGUCGUAAGUUACAUCAGCUUUGUACUUUUAUAAGCAUUAUUUUAAAAAGGACUAUGUAAAGAUUGGAUGUUGUUAAGUUGCUUAGGCUUGUUCUGGUUUUAUCACAGUAGUAUGAAUAUGAGUGAAGAAAAAUAAAGAUACUUUUAGAGACAAACACUGGUUAGUACCCUUGAAGCCAAGGCAUCAACACUUGUAUGCUUAACAGAUAAGAAUCCAGAAUUCACGCGUUGAGGGGAUGAAUGUAUAAACGCUUCCUUAGACUUUUAAAAGGUUCAAUGUUCUUCUUCUUCUUCCUCAUCAUCAUCAUGUAUGUAUUAACGAAAACCCCCCACAACUGACUGUCUCUUUGCUGCCAGACAAAACUGCCAAAGCCAAUAAUGUUUCUUUGAGGGACCUUUCUUAUGUCAGAGAUACUCUCUCUCUCUCUCUCUCUCUCUCUCUCUCUCUCUCUCCAUCCUCUCAUGUUCUUUGCUCUUCAACAAACAUCUGUUGUCAUCUCUUUGGUCUUUAUUUUUACCUCUUUGUUUACUUCCCUUUCUCCUCUCAUAUCUCUCACUUUCAAGUUCCAAUUUUCUCUUCAAGGCUUCAUAACAAUUUAAGAACUUCUAUAUAAAGCUAACGGCCUUAUAAAGCGAGUACAUGAUUAUCUUGUUUUUUUUUUUACUUCAUUAAAAACGCCUCACAGUUAUUUUAAGAGAGAUAUAAACAAACAAGAGAGAUAGAGAGAUAGAGAGAUAGAGAGAUAGAGGGAGGUCUCUCAGCUUUGUAAUGGAGAGGAUACAAGGACAAAACAAGCUCUGUGUAAAUUUGUUGGAUCAAAAAGUGAAUGUGAGAAGAAGCCUACAAGUUCAAGCAUCUGCGGAGGAUCAUAGCUUUCCUCUUGAGGAAGAUCAAUCUUCAAAUCUUACCUUGCAAGGUACAAGACUUCCAUUUCAACAAAUACUACAAGACCCUUCUUCGGUUUUGUCCUUCAAAGACCCACACAUUCUAGGAAACUAUCUCCCGCAUGAAGUUCCAGAGUUACAUUCACCGAUCCACUCAGAAACCAACCACUACUAUCAGAACUCACUUUUAGAAGGAACCAAUGAAGACAUCUCAAGCCAAGAACUUCAGCUAAACCCAGUAGACAAUGCGUUUUCAAGAGGCAAGCUCAGAAACAACAACUUGGCAGCAUCAGUGAGCAGAGAGAAGAGAAAGAGAAGAAGCAAACCAAUGAAAAACAGAGAAGAGAUUGAGAGCCAGAGAAUGACACACAUAACGGUUGAACGAAACCGCAGACGCCAAAUGAACGUUCAUCUCAACUCACUCCGCUCUAUCAUUCCAUCUUCCUACUUCCUUAGGGGAGACCAAGCGUCAAUAGUAGGAGGCGCUAUAGACUUCGUGAAGAUCCUCGAGCAACACUUGCAAUCCCUUGAAGCGCAGAAGAUAACUCAACAAACAAGUAAACUGAUAAUCGAUGCCACAGUGAUGGAGAGACAUGUGAAUCUCAAAAUCCAGUGCUGCCAGAGGAGACAAGGACAACUUGUCAGAUCAAUCUUUUUGCUAGAGAAACUUGGACUAACUGUACUUCAUCUCAAUGUGACAUCUCCGUGCAAUGCAUCUGUCGCUUAUUCCUUCAACCUCAAGAUGGAAGAUGAUUGCAACUUGGGAUCAGCCGAUGAGAUAACGGCGGCGGUUCGUCAGAUAUUCGACUGUUGAUUAAAAUAAAAGUUAUUUUGUAACUUUGGUUUUGGUGGAGUCUUCAUCUCAGCAUGGUGGCAUUUUGACUCUGCAGCAGAAUUGGGUCCCACCUGAUAAAGUUUGACGUUUGUUUUAAGAGUUGUGAAUUAUUCUUAUGCAAUCUUUUACCCUUAAACUUUUUAAGGUGAUGGAUGGAUCAUGCAAUCAAACUAUGUAUAAAACCCAAAAAGAAAGGAGCAUCUAGCUAGCAAUUCACUUUGAGUAAUGUAGUAACAUGAAUUCUUUUGCCAUUCAGUGGUUUUAUUGGGUCAACAAUUUUUCUUUCUUUCUUUUAACUUACUAAUAAAGAUGUUACAUUAAUCCAGUUAUAGGCGUGAUGAUUUUGAAAAGUCGUUAUCUUCAUUGGAAAAUAUUGAAAUGGGUGUUUCGAAAAACUCAGGCAACAACACCAAAUCACAGUUCUAUCCAAAUGAAAGCUCCAAGAUGGCCUGUACGUACGCCACGUCAGCACUAUCCUGAUCGGGAAACCCAAAACGAGUGGUGGGAAUGGUUACUUUUCCCGUCUGCUCAUAUCUCCCUCCAAAAAAAGAAAUAUCAAAUAUCUCUCUCACUCAACACUGAUCCUCCCCAUUAAUCUCAAAGAUAAUUAUAUUAAUAAGCUUCUUCUGAUUUGUUGGUUUGAUUCUGUGAUUGAAGUGCCACCAGAGCGCCAUGGCUUCCCUUUCAAUCUCUUCCUCUUCGACGAUCAUCAACUCUAGAGCUUCUCCUCCU